AAACCGGCGCCCUCCCGGGUCUGGAGCGGAAGUGACCGUGCUGUGCAUGAGAGAUGGCGGCCGCUGUCCCUCUCCAGCCCUCCACGGCCGCUUCGGCCACGGCCGUCGCACUGGGCGAGGUGGAGGAUGAAGGGCUCCUGGCGUCGCUCUUCCGGGACCGCUUCCCUGAGGCUCAGUGGCGGGAGAAGCCGGACGUGGGCCGCUACCUCCGGGAGCUCAGCGGCUCCGGACUGGACCGGCUGCGGCGCGAACCCGAGCGCCUGGCAGAGGAGCGGGCCCAGCGGCUGCAGCAGACGCGCGACCUGGCCUUCGCCAACUACAAGACGUUCAUUCGCGGGGCCGAGUGCACCGAGCGCAUCCACCGGCUCUUCGGCGACGUGGAGGCGUCCCUCGGGCGCCUGCUCGACCGUCUGCCCGGCUUCCAGCAGAGCUGCAGGACCUUUAUGAAGGAAGCUGAGGAGAUCAGCUCCAACCGCCGCAUGAACACCCUGACUCUAAACCGGCACACAGAGAUCCUGGAGAUUUUAGAGAUCCCCCAGCUUAUGGACACGUGUGUCCGAAACAGCUAUUACGAAGAGGCACUGGAGCUCGCCGCCUACGUACGGCGACUGGAAAGGAAGUACUCCUCCAUCCCUGUCAUCCAGGGCAUUGUGAAUGAAGUGCGCCAGUCCAUGCAGCUGAUGCUAAGCCAGCUGAUCCAACAACUGAGGACCAACAUCCAGCUCCCAGCCUGCCUGCGUGUCAUAGGCUAUCUUCGACGCAUGGAUGUCUUCACUGAGGCUGAGUUGAGGGUGAAAUUUCUUCAGGCCCGGGAUGCUUGGCUCCGCUCCAUUCUGACUGCCAUCCCUAAUGAUGAUCCUUACUUCCAUAUCACAAAAACCAUUGAGGCUUGCCGAGUCCAUCUCUUUGAUAUCAUCACCCAGUACCGUGCUAUCUUCUCAGAUGAGGACCCCCUGCUGCCACCUGCCAUGGGCGAGUACACUGUGAAUGAGGGUGCCAUCUUCCAUGGAUGGGUGCUGCAGAAAAUCUCACAGUUCCUGCAGGUGCUAGAGACCGACCUUUACCGGGGUAUAGGUGGCCGCUUGGACUCUCUGCUUGGCCAGUGCAUGUACUUUGGGCUGUCCUUUAGCCGGGUGGGGGCUGAUUUCCGCGGCCAGUUGGCUCCUGUUUUCCAGAGGGUGGCAAUCAGCACUUUCCAGAAAGCAGUUGAGGAAGCAGUGGAGAAAUUCCAGGAUGAGAUGACUUCAUACACCCUCAUCUCAACUGCCACCAUCCUAGGCAGCAGUAACGUGCCUGCUACAGUACCAGCCACACAGCCAGGGACGCUGCAGCCACCGAUGGUGCUCUUAGACUUCCCACCUCUUGCCUGCUUCCUCAACAACAUUUUGGUUGCUUUCAAUGAUUUACGUCUCUGUUGCCCUGUGGCUCUAGCACAGGAUGUGACUGGGGCCUUGGAAGAUGCCCUCACCAAGGUAACCAAAACAAUCCUGGCAUUCCAUCGAGCCGAAGAGGCUGUGUUCAGCAGUGGGGAGCAUGAGAUCUUUGUCCAGUUCUGCACUGCCUUCCUGGAAGACCUUGUUCCUUAUUUGAACCGCUGUCUUCAAGUCCUUUUCCCACCAGCUCAGAUAGCCCAGACUUUAGGUAAGAAAGAGGAAAGAUCUUUUUGUUUGUUUUUUGAAGAAGGGGGAACCAGGGGAACUGCUGCCUCAGGAGCCCGAGGAGGGGGAGCCGCUACCAGCCGAGCCACCGAGGGAGGGAGCAGCCAUAGGCAGUGUCCCCUGCCCGCAGGCUGGGGAGCAGCCCUGAGGGCACGGCGCUGCCCAGGAUAG